AUGAAACGAGAAGCUAUUCAAUUUGAACGUGAUUCAAUAAGCUCUCCAAGUUCUCCUAAAAAACGUCGGCAAACUUUGGAUUAUGGAGGGAGCGAACAAUCGCUUUCGCCUGGAGUUGAAAGCAAACCUUCAAUUUAUUCUACCUCUUCUGGAAUUGAAAUGAGAAAUUUUAUUUCUGAAAAUUCUGCUAAUAAUUAUUCAAAUAUUAUUUAUUUGUUGAUGGAAUUGGAGGCACGUGUAAAUCAAGAAAUGUGUUUGCGUUACCGAAACCUUUCGAGCGCUUUUUCUGGUUCCCAGUUUGAUGCUGAAGGUACUAGUGGCCCGUCUGUUUCGCCAGUUUUUCAUCCUAAUGGGCCUUCAGCAUUUAGCUCGCCUUCAGGAUCAAGACCGGCUUCGAUUGAGGAUUUGAAUGAAAUUUCCCGUACAACACUUCUUUUAAUGGUUGAAUGGGCAAAAGGAAUGCAAACAUUUUCAGAACUUCGAAUGGAAGACAAAGUCAUUUUAUUAAAAAAUUAUGCGCCUCAACACCUCAUUUUAAUGCCCGCUUUUCGAUCCCCAGAUACUACAAGGCUUUGUUUAUUUAAUAAUUCUUUGUUGGGAGCUGAUCAAUCUCAGGGAGGAAAUGAACAGUUGGGGUCCUUUGCUGCGUUUAAAGCAGCAAAUAUAAUGCCUAGAGUGUUGGAUGAAAUUGUUUGGCCGAUGAGGCAAUUAGAGAUGAAAGAGGAAGAAUUUGUUUGUCUAAAAGCAUUGGCAUUUUUACAUCCAGAAGCUAGAGGAUUAUCACAAAAUGCACAACAAAUAAUACCUCUUUAUUCAAUCAUUUUGGCAUCUAAACCGGUAGACGAGGCUCCAAGUAGAUAUGGAAAUAUUCUUUUGUUAGCGCCGGCUUUAAAAGCAUUGACUCAAUUGUUGAUUGAAAAUAUGACUUUAACAAAGUUCUUUGGCCUAGCUGAAGUAGAUUCAUUACUUUCUGAAUUUAUUCUUGACGAUGUUGGGGCUGACAGUAGUGGAAUUUCAACUGCACCAAAAACUAUUAAAGAACAAUUAACAUCAACAGCCCCAUCGUUUGUAACAAUGGCGGGUAGUAAUCGUGCAGAAAUGACAACAACAAAUGCUGCAAUGUUACAAAAUCAUUCAAUGAAGAAUUUUGAAUAAAAUAAAAAAAAGGUUUUUUUGAGUUAGAAGUAGCAGGUUUAUAUUGGUGAAUGUGGGCACAAGGUUGUCGGAUCCGGAUCCGAAAAAGGCCGGAUAUCCGAAGAUUUCCAACUAUCCGACAACCUUAGUGGACACAUAAGAUUUUCUAAAAUUAAGGAUCCCUGGUCCGUAGGUUUUUUGACCUCUGGUCCUUUCAUACCAUUUUUGUAUUCGUUCAAAAAUUUUUUUACAAUCCCUCCCCCGCCUUUUACAAUCCCUCUCUCGUAAAAUUUUAUUUUUUACUAUAUAUUUAAUCAGACGAUAUAUUUUCGCAUGUCUUAUUUUAAGAAAGUCGUUUUUUUGGAAUUUUAA